AUGCCUCCCAGAAAGACCGCUUCUGCCGGGACAUCCUCAAAAUCAAAGAAGUCUGCUGGUUUGGCACAGCCAACACUGACGUUCCAAUCUGCUCGACCGUCAUCCAAUACCAAAUCGAAAUCUACUAAACUCAAACGAUCUGAACCGUCAUUAUCUGAGAUCGAGGUGGAAGUACAGAAAGGAUCUUUAUCAUCUCGGGAUGUCUCACCCGUCCUAGUAGUAGAAGAUGGACUAAAGGAGAAGGAAAAGGUAAAGAGACGUUUGAAUGUAAAAGCAAAAGAGUGGAAAGGGAUUGUGGGGGAUGCAAAAGUACAAAUGGGAGGAUUGGAACCUAUUCAUGCCGGUCCAGAUACUCAUAAUGAUAUACAUCAUGUUUUGAGGGUAUUCGAUCUCACUUCUUCAUAUGGUCCAUGUGUGGGUAUAACCAGAUUACAAAGAUGGGAAAGAGCCAAGAAAUGGGGAUUAAACCCCCCUGAAGAGAUCCGAGAUAUCUUGACUACCCAAGAAGGAGAGGAUGAUGUGAGGUAUAGAGAGAACGUUCUCUAUGGCUGGGUAUAA